UCGAGUUGGAGCCCCGCCCCCUCGACUCCUAGUCUCCCGGCUGGGCUUGCAAGCGCCGGGACUGGGUUGCCCAGGCAUUUGGACGCCGAGGAGGCCCCGAAAAUGAUCCUCUGCCCGCCGAAACAGUGCCAGAGGCUGCAGGCGGCCAAGAUGAGCGCCGGAGGGGACACGGAGCGGGCCCCACAACUGUAUUUGGCGAAGGCGCUGUCCGGCCGGAGCCGCCGGGAAGCCCUGACCCAACAGAUGGGCCUCCACCCGCCCUACCUGGAGAGCUUCCUCAGGAUGCAGCACUACCUCCUCCACAUGGAUGGGCCCUUGCCCUUCGACUGCCGGCACUACAUUGCCAUCAUGGCUGCUGCCCGACACCGCUGCCGCUACCUGGUCAACCUCCACGUCCUGCAGUUCCUGCGUUUGGGGGGCGACCCCCUCUGGCUCCGAGGCCUGGACUACAUCCCCCCGAAGCUCCGGAAGCUCAGCGAGAUCAACAAGAUCCUGGCCCAUCGGCCCUGGCUGGUCGGCAAAGAACACAUCGAGAAGUUGCUGAAGACCGGAGAGCAGAGCUGGUCUCUGGCGGAGCUGGUGCACGCGGUGGUGCUGCUGGCCCACUACCACGCUCUGGCCAGCUUCGCCUUUGGCUGCGAGACGGACCUUUGCCCCGAAGGACGGGCUCUGCUCCGGCUGGGGCUGCCGGGGGGACUCUGCUUCUGCGACGCCGGGCACGGAGCCGGGACGGAGGGGCUGCCGCUCGGGCGCAAGCGGUCCUUGGACUCCUGUGUGGAGCUGGAGUCCCUCCGCGACCGCAUUCACCGGCUGCAAGUGGAGCAAGAGGAGAUGCGGAUGCCCUCCGACCGGGACGAAGGUUCCGAUGGGGGGCUCUCUGGCGCGGCAGACCUCUCCUGCUUCCUGCAAGACCCCGGCUUUGGCUACCAGGACUUUGCGCAGUGCGACAAGGACCGGCUGCAGAUCUUCCGCGUCCAGGACUACUCCUGGGAGGACCACGGCUUCUCCCUGGUGAACCGGCUCUAUUCGGACAUCGGGCUCCUACUGGAUGAGAGAUUCCGGACGGUGGACGGCCUCAAGGGUGGCUCCAUGGCCAAGCGGCAGGGCUGUGAACACGCCGCCCUCAAGCGCGCCAUCUGGAACUAUGUCCACUGCAUCUUCGGGAUCAGGUACGACGACUACGACUAUGCCGAGGUCAACCACCUCCUGGAGCGCCUCCUAAAGCUCUACAUCAAGACGGUCACCUGCUUCCCGGAAAAGAUGAACCCGGAGAUGUUUGAGCGCUUCUGGAAGCAGUUCAAGCACAGUGAAAAGGUCCACGUGAACCUGCUCAUCCUGGAGGCCCGCUUGCAGGCGGAGCUGCUCUACGCCCUGAGGGCCAUCACCCACCACAUGGUCUCCUAGGGCCUCCGUGGGCCACCUGCGCCGUGGCAUUCACCUGCCGUGUUUACUUCACAGCCUUCUCCGCCCCUUUCCCCCUUUCGAAGCGCUCUUCCAUCUUCAUGUGCAGUCACCGGGCGGAUGGGACCAAUUUGGGGGCGAAAGGGCCUCUGCGUCUUUCAUUUGAGGGUGCUUCCAUAGUUCGGACUUUGCCGUCCGUUCCGGUAUGAGAAACCAAGGAGGAGGUCAGAUCCCGUCCUUCCCUGGCGUCAUUCCUGCUGCUGAUGUUGUUCCUCGUUGUGCCAACUUGACUUCCGUUUCUGGACAUGGACCUUCUCUUGACCAUUGGGUUUGGGUUGGGGACAACUUUGGACAUGGGUUUCAAACUGGACUUCUUUGGAGUUUUGUCGAGGAGAGUAAGGCUUAUGCACAUUCAUCUCCUGCUGGUCUUUAUGGGGUUCUAAGAGUGCUCAGUUGGGGGGGGGGGGUAAACUACAAAUCCCAGAAGCCUUUCCUGGAGGGUCAGUGGGCUGUUCUGUUCCAGAAGUAAGGAAGGACCAAAACAGUUUGGAGAAAAUGUGUGUGUUUUUUAGCUAUUUGGACUAAUUACCAGAAACUAGGGAGGGUUUUGGAAGUUGUAGUCCCAGAAAAAAUCACUCCUUCUUCCCAAAAGGAAUCCCAUUGGGGGUCUCUUUCCAAACCUUUCUACUGCCGGUCCCUUGCUCACAUGGCAGACUGCCGUCUCGCUGCGAAGGGCCCCUGAUGCCUCCAAAGACACUCCAUUCGUGGCUUUGUUUUUCUCCGUCCGUCCUUCCUUCCUGGGUUUCCUUGGGAGCAACGGAUGUGUUUUUCUUCCAGUGUUGCUCUCACUUGGGUUUGUUUUAUUCUAGUUUUUUGUGGGGGGGGGGGGGGGGGGUGGCAAUGUUUUCCUUCCAGGGAGAUGCCGGGUUCGAGGAUGCCUUGCUGGACUCUUGGCUUCGGAGGAAGGUUUUGCGCUCGGCUCCAUCAUCGGUUCAAAACACAGAAUGGAACAGGCGGGACUGGUUUUGCACGCUCAUCCGUUGGGAAUUUGGGGGCCAAAGGGGUGGGCAAAGAGGCAUUGUAUUUUGGGGAGGGAAGGCCAGCGGGAAGCCUGGCAGAGGUGGCUGGUUCUGCACACAAACACACGUUAUGUAUAGAUAUAUGUAUAUGGCGGCAGCAAUUGCUGACCUGUUUACUGUUGAAAUGUUUUUGGGGGAGGGGGGAGGGGCCUCGUGUGGGAAGAGAGGAGAAAAAGCCUAUUUUUGCUAUAAAUAUAAUGGUUUGACAUGGA